AUGAAGGACUUAGUUGAAUUACCACUUUUUCUCUUAUUGUUCGUCCUAAUGCAGACUCAUUCAAGGGCAGAAGACUCCGACAUAACUUUCCCUGGAGAAAAACCAAACAUUUGGAAGAAAAUCUUCGACGAUGUAUCCAUACGAACCCGAUACCUGACUGGUCUGACACUAGAUGUGAAUCAAACAUGUACCGUUUGUCACAUGGCAGUUGACGCCCUAAUACAAGAGAGGCGAGGAGGAAUGACAGAUGUGCAGUUGACUGCUCAAGUUGAUUACCUUUGCUCAAUACUUCUAGAAAUCGAAGACGAAAGGGUUUGUAAUGGAUUGAUUCCAGCACACGUGGAUAUAUUCGACUUUAUUGUAGACAGCAAGAAAGAUUUGAGUAGUAAAAGAAUUUGUGGACUCUUCCUGCAGAGCAUUGGAUGCGAUGCUGAUGAUGAAAAUAAUUUUAAGUGGACGAUAGACAUACCUGAGGGAAACACCGUUGAUAAAUCUGUGUCUGAUGGAUCCGAAUCAUUCAAAGUCCUGCACCUCACUGACAUUCAUUACGACCCAAACUACACCGAAGGUAAGGUGGACCCUUGUGGAGAGCCCCUAUGUUGUCAGAGUGACCAACCCGAUUCCACUCAUGCCAGUACUUCCUGUGGGCACUGGGCUACCUACAAUAAUGCUGAUUCCUCUAUGAAACUGAUCGAAGAAACGUUGAGACAUGCAAACGAAACACAUGAUUUCGACUACGUUUAUUUCACUGGUGACUUGGUCAGUCACCGGGUUUGGUCCACAAGCAUUGAGAACAACAGUGCAAUGAUUAGCGAAGUAUUUGAUAAAUUUUCAGAAUACUUCAAGGUGCCUGUUUUUCCAAUCCUAGGAAAUCAUGAGGCGCAUCCUGCAAAUGUGUAUGCACCAGAAAAAAUAGCAGAAAAUUUAUCGACUAAUUGGUUGUACAAGUUGGCUCUGAGCAAGUGGACUAAGUGGUUAUCAGAAGAAGAGGUGAAAAAAACCAUUCUCAAAGGCGGAUAUUAUACAGUGCAGGCAAAACCUGGUUUGAGGAUAAUUGUGCUGAAUAAUAACGUUUGCUCCGUUGACAACUGGUGGCUAGUAUAUCAAGACAAUGAUCCAUAUGACCAGCUAAAAUGGUUGGUUGAAGUUUUGAAAGCGUCUGAAGAUAAAAAAGAGUCCGUUCACAUUUUAUCACAUAUCCCGACAGCAAGUUGUUUGAAAUCAUGGGCACGCGAAUAUAACAGAAUUAUUGAGAGAUUUGCAAAUACAAUAACUGGUCAAUUCUACGGCCAUACUCAUUUGGACCAAUUCUACAUUUACUAUGGAAGUGAUUUGAAACCGACGAACGUGGCAUGGAAUGGAGCAUCAGUGGUCGCAGAUAAAGCAAACCCGAAUUAUAAAUUGUACACAGUCGAUUCAAAGAAUUUCAAUGUUCUGGAUACAGAAAGUUGGACAUUCAACCUUACAAAGGCAAACGAAAACAAAACAACUGUGGAAUGGUAUUCCCUCUACACCAUGAAGAAAGCUUUUGAUUUGAAAAGUUUGGAUCCCAGUGAAAUGGACAACUUGGUGGAAAAGAUGGCAACAAACCACACACUUAUUGACUCAUAUUAUAAAUUUUAUCAUAGAAACAGUGACGCAGCCUUCCCAAAAUGCACCGAAAGAUGUCAGAAACGAAUUUUAUGUGAAAUUGUCAAUACUGUUCCUGGAGACGAUAGGAAAUGCCAGGAUUUGAUGAAACUCCGAAAGUGA